AUGGAGAUGAGGUGGAAUGGGUUAUUCGUGAUCAUUGUGCUACUCUUUGUAUCUAGUGCUGCACAUGCCAAAACAGAAAAAAUCAAAGUAGAAACAAAGAACUGUCCCACUCGAAGGAGCCCAUGCUUUUACAAGAAGAUGAAGUGCCCAGCUGAAUGCCCAACAUCAUAUCCAAAAGACCCCAAAGCUAAAGUUUGCUACAUCAACUGUUAUUCACCCAUAUGCAAAGCAGAGUGCAAAAAACGCAAACCAAACUGCAAUGCUCCCGGAGCAGGAUGCCAAGAUCCCCGCUUCAUUGGCGGAGACGGCGUCGUUUUCUACUUCCACGGCAAGAGCAACGAGCAUUUCACCCUAGUUUCCGAUCUCAACCUCCAAAUCAACGCCCGCUUCAUUGGCCUCCGCCCGGCCGGCCGAACCAGAGACUACACAUGGAUUCAAGCCCUCGGCGUUCUCUUUGACUCCAACACUUUCUCCCUCGAGGCCACCACGGCGGCGACAUGGGAUGACGAAGUUGACCAUUUGAAAUUCUCUUACAAUGGGAAUGAGUUUACCGUACCACAAGGCCAUCUCUCUGUAUGGAGAAGCCCUGAAAAUGACGUCAGAGUGGAGAGAACAUCAGAAAAGAAUAGCGUCACUGUCAUUUUCCCGGAGGUGGCGGAGAUAUUAGUCAAUGUCGUGCCUGUAACAAAGGAAGAUGACAGAAUCCACAACUACCAGAUUCCUUCAGACGACUGCUUUGCUCACUUGGAGGUUCAGUUCAGAUUCUACGGCCUGUCCUCCAAAGUUGAAGGAGUGCUUGGGCGGACUUACAAGCCGGAUUUCGAGAAUCCGGCGAAGCCAGGGGUGGCAAUGCCGGUCGUCGGAGGUGAGGACAAGUACAGAACCACAUCACUUCUCUCAUCGGAUUGCAAAUCUUGUGUUUUCUCUCCGGCUGAAGUUUCGGACCAGGAGGAGUCGGAGGACUCGUCGGUGAUGCAGCAUGGCAUGCUAGACUGCACCGGUGGAGCUACCGAUGGAAAUGGAAUCGUUUGCAGGAAAUGA